CCCCGCGUUUCUUAUCCACCUGCACCUUCAUGUCCUCGCCUUCACCUUCACCUUCAUCUUCACCUCACAAUCCGUGCGCAUUGUAUAACCAACCAAGAGAGCCCACCGUGCUGGACGGGCCACAUUGUCAAUACUUCUCACAUUCCGCAUCCGCGCCCUUCUCCAACUCUCCACGGAGAAAUGGCCCGACGACAUAGAGACAGAGAUAUGGAUGUCGAUGACACGUCGACCCGGCACGCCUAUUCUAAUGGUCACGGUGAUCGCGGGCAGGGGGACGCGGGCAUGGGCGACGAUGCUGAAGCAGAAGGAGGGGGUUACAGCAACGUACAUCGCGCCUUCUUGCAGGCGUUUCUGGCGCGGUCGGUCAUGAGUGGGGAGGAGGUGAGGGCGGUAUUGGCGAGGGUCAUGGGGGCGGCCGAUCCCUCCCGCCCCACGCACCCCAACGACAUCACCACCCCGCUCCUCACCCACAUGCUCCAAACCAUCAACGCGCGCCUCGCACCCCUAGACUACGAGAUCCGGUCCACCCGCGACCAACAACAAUCCCUUUCCCGAUCCGCCUCCUCCUCCUCGUCCUCCAUGUCCGCCCCCGCCAACGACUACGUGUACGCGCUCGUCAACACGGCGUCCGACGCCCUCACGCAGCUGGCGACGGAAUUCUCGGCCGAGGAAAUCGCGUUCGUGAAGAGGGUGCUAGACACCAUGUUUGAGGCGGGCAAGAAGAGGGGCAAGGAAGUCAUGGCCGUGGAAGCGAUGGAGGCGCGCCGGUUGGCCAAAGUGCGGAGCGCGGGGAGGACAACAAUGUCCCAGAUGCAGAUGCAUUUGAAUGGAGAUGGUGACGGUGCGGAAGGAGGAGGAGGAGGAGGGGCGGAUGGAGAGGCCUCUGCUGCUGCUGCUGCACCGGUGAUCAAAGGCAUCGAUCUCGCUACCGCCGAUGCGGUGCUGUCCACCCUCGUCGACCAGGGUUUCUUCCGCAAGCAGAAGCUCGGGGGCGUGCAGUGGUUCAGUCUUGCGCCGAGGGGCAUCAUGGAACUGAGGAGUUAUCUAAAGGAGAUGUAUAAUGAUGCCCCCGCUGGCGAGGAUGGGGAUGAUGAAGACGAGGAUGACGAGGAAAGGGUGGUGAGGAUCAGGGAUUGUGAAGGUUGCAGGGAGAUUGUUACGUGGGGUCUGAGAUGCGCCAGGCGGGAUUGCGGAGUCAGGUUUCAUGAUGGGUGUGCGGGGCAGUAUUUUGGGAGGAGGAGGGGGGGAGGGGAGGAGGGUGGGAAUGCGGCGAGGUGUCCGAGUUGUAGGACCGAGUGGACGGGGGAUUGUUAUGUAGGUCCGCGUGCGGUUGUGGGUGCUGGUGGUGAAAACGAAACGGAAGAGGAAGGAGGGAGAGACAAAGGGGAAAGAGAAUAA